CCGGGGAAAGAGAGGGGCCGAGGGGGAGUGGAGAGGGUCUUGGGGAGCUGUCGGUCCCAGCUGCCAGAGUGUUGAGGGAACAGGGACUCCCUGGGGAGGAGAGCGAGGCGGGCCGUCCUGGAGGGACGGGUCCCACCGAGAGGGGAGAGAGGAGCUAAGAGUGGUGACAAGGGGUGCAGGGCUUCAGGCAGGGAUCUUUAGAGGCCCCCAGGGGAUGGGGGGUGCAGUUCGUUUGAGCGUCCCUGGAGCGCUGGUACUCUGGGCUGCAAUGGGGGCGGCAGCUCACAUUGGACCAGCACCUGACCCCGAGGACUGGUGGAGCUACAAGGAUAAUCUCCAGGGAAACUUCGUGCCAGGGCCGCCCUUCUGGGGCCUGGUGAAUGCAGCCUGGAGUUUGUGUGCCGUGGGGAAGCGGCAGAGCCCCGUGGAUGUAGAGCUGAAGAGGGUCCUUUAUGACCCCUUUCUGCCCCCACUGAGGCUCAGCACUGGGGGAGAAAAGCUCCGGGGAACCCUGUACAACACUGGUCGCCAUGUCUCCUUCCUGCCUGCCUCCCGGCCUGUGGUCAAUGUGUCUGGGGGUCCCCUCCUUUAUAGCCACCGACUCAGUGAACUGCGGCUACUAUUUGGAGCACGUGAUGGGGCUGGCUCUGAGCACCAGAUCAACCACCAGGGUUUCUCUGCUGAGGUGCAGCUCAUCCAUUUCAACCAAGAACUCUAUGGGAACUUCAGCGCCGCUUCCCGGAGCCCCAAUGGCCUGGCUAUUCUCAGCCUCUUUGUCAAUGUGGCUGGCAGCUCAAACCCAUUCCUCAGCCGCCUCCUUAACCGUGACACCAUCACCCGCAUCUCUUAUAAGAACGAUGCCUACUUUCUUCAAGACCUGAGCCUGGAGCUCCUGUUUCCCGAAUCCUUUGGCUUCAUCACCUAUCAGGGCUCUCUCAGCACCCCGCCCUGCUCAGAGACCGUCACCUGGAUCCUCAUUGACCGGGCCCUCAAUAUCACUUCCCUCCAGAUGCACUCCCUGAGACUCCUGAGCCAGAAUCCUCCAUCCCAGAUCUUCCAGAGUCUCAGCGGUAACGGCAGGCCCCUGCAGCCCUUGGCUCACAGGGCUUUGAGGGGCAACAGGGAUCCCAGGCACCCCGAGAGGCGCUGCCGAGGCCCCAACUACCGCCUGCAUGUGGAUGGAACCCCUCAAGGUCGCUGAGACGCCCCAUCGAGGACUGCGCCUGCUCUUCCCAAGCCUACCCACAGGGGAGGGGACUCACCCCCAAAACAAAGCUAUUAAAGGGACCGAAUACUCCCUGUUU